AUAGGAUUGAACUGCUUCGAGCUUCAUGGCAUGAAUUGACCAUCAGAGUCACCGAUGUUUCAUUGUCAGAUGAAGGGCAAUAUACCUGUUCUUUAUUUACUAUGCCCGUCAAGACUUCCAAGGCUUUUCUCACUGUUCUAGGUGUUCCAGAGACUCCUCAAAUUAGUGGAUUUAUUUCACCAAUUAUGGAAGGAGACUGGAUGGAACUUACAUGCAAAACAUCUGGUAGUAAGCCAGCUGCAGAUAUUAGAUGGUUCAAAAAUGACAAAGAGGUGAAAGAUGUUAAAUAUUUAAAAGAAGAGGAUGCAAAUCGGAAAACAUUUACUGUUAGCAGUACAAUGAAUUACAGAGCAGAUCGUUCUGAUGAUGGUGCAGUUGUAAGUUGCAGAGUAGAUCAUGAAUCGUUGAACUCCACACCUCAAAUAGCAAUGCAAGUCCUAGAAAUACACUAUAUUCCUUCAGUUAAAAUAAUACCUUCCACAUUAUGGCCAGAAGAAGGACAAUCUAUAACUCUGAUUUGUGAAUCCAAAGGAAAACCACUGUAA